CCAACGAAGAAAUGGAUCACGUUUUCGACAACCAAGCCGUCGACAUUGUUUGAAGUCGCCUCGGAGAGCAAUUCCCCGCCGUUCCGUAUGCCACCUCGUCGACCCCCGCUCUUGUAAGGCUCUGGAUCAUACGCCCCGACGACUUGCCGAUUGUGUUGUCAGUAGCAACGUCACGGUCGGUAAAGCUCAAGACUCAUUCAAUGGUAGACUCCUCGCUGAUUCCUACCAAGCACCUCAACUUGCCGACUGACUUUUACGCCGACCCCAAGCGCCUGAAGCAGCUCGCGGUAUUUUUCCGUCCCGGCCACAUCUUGCCUCGCUGUGGUGAAUUGAUCUACAAGACGCUACUUCGUGCCAACGCCAUUCAAUACCUGUUCAAGUUUCACGUUCCCCAGCCGACUUGUGUCUUUUGCGACUCGAACGAAUCGUACCACCACUUUCUGUUCACUUGCUGGUACGGUACAUCCGUGUGGCAGUACUUCAAGAAAAUGCAGCAAGUGCUAGGGUGUCCAUUCCCGCGCAACGAACUGGAACUGUCUUUCGAGCUCCCCAAGCCGCCGGAUGGCUAUUACGUCCGUUGUACCAAAUUUGGCUCCAACCCGCCGAUCGCACGUUCCGUCCCGACCUGCCUGCCACCCAAGACUCCAUUGGAAACGGCAAUCAACGCCGUCAGCCUCAUCAAGAUGCACUUGACGACUCUUCUCCGAGAUUUACCUCUCAAGAAGGGCUACACAAAAGUCUUUAACGUCCUACGAGCGCUUUCCGACGAUGCAUGGUUGAAGGCGCAUCUCGUCCCACCGGUGGUCAAUACGUAA